AUGGAUCACCAAAACAACGAUAACUUUAACAUGGACACCUUUGAGGGGAACGCAGAGCAAAACCUCGCAGAUAUCAAUGAUCGGCUCGUGGCUUUUGGCCAAAUGCAAGACUUUGAUUUCAUGGAGAAUGAGACUGGUUUUCAGACUCCUGUCGCCCCUGAGGGGGGAUAUCAUUUCGAGCAAGAGUUCGAUGUAACGCCAAACUAUUCUGAGCCAUAUUACAACGACACAGGCUAUACUUACGACAAUUUCCCGACUCUCAACCAAAGUUUUGAGCCAACAAAUGCUGAGCAGUCGAACUUUCAGACACUUCCAAGCCCCCGAACGAGGCUCAGUGUGGAUACUGCAGUUCCCCAAAUUCAGCAGGGAGAGUACCAGAACCAAAUUCUGAACGAAUUUGACAGUCCAGCAACGCCACUUCAAGUCAUCGAUCAGUAUCAUAGCCCUCAAGGAUUUGAGCCGGACCUUCAACAACUACUGGUUGAUGAACUUCAAAAUCAGAAUGGACAUGGAGGCCGAUUUUCUCGCUUCGGAGGAGGUCGUAACAACCCUCGUCCAAAGGCGCUCACAAGUACGGGAAAGGAGAGCAAGAACAAAAGACCAGAGAACAUUGCAAGUCUCAAUCCAUCCAAGUUCUACGAGCCUCUACCUGGGGGCCAACCACGUUCUUGGGGGCCAACAAAUCCUCUGACAAAUCAGCCACUCUUCCAGUAUACCAAAUACGGAGAACUCGCUGUUGGUCAAGAGUUCACCACGGAACAGCUCGUCGACUUCCUUUUCCAGAAUCCCAAUCACGGGAUGCAGCAAUUCCCUCAGGAUGUAACUGCUUACAGAGAAAACUCAGGCCUCACAAUUUGGAUUCAGAAUCCUCCGGCAGACAGCAGCAAGCGGUAUCCCGAAAAGGGUUCCGACAAGUGUCGAUGGGCUGAGUGCCCAGUUAAAGACCAUACGAUCCACAAGGGCUUCUACCGCGUUGCCUUUGAUGAGAGGUCUCGAUACUGGGCCGAUAGAAAUGUUUUUCUAGACCCAUACCACAACGCAGGCUACAUGCAUCUCUUCUGCUUUGAAAAGAUGGUUGAUUUUCCUUCAGUCUCCAAACUUCUUAAUGUUCGACCCGACACCCGCCAAUUUAGGGAGGGGAAAAACAAGAUGGCCAUCACAAGAGACCAUAAAGCCAUGGAAGCAAUCUGCAAUGAUUUCAUCCGCGAUUCCCGAUCCUGGCCCGGUGGAGAGCGCAGCGCUGAUUCUCAAGAUUGGUAUCCCGCAACUCUCUGCUCUGCUCUCACGGAGUUUCAAAUUGCUCACUACCCCAACCGAGUACUCAAUUUGUUUACGGCCCGAGGCGGUAACAACAUCAGUAUUCAUCGUGGUAACUGCGAUGUCUACGCCGCCAAUGAGGUAGUCAAGGAACGUAGGCCAAUGAAACCUCGGGCCCCCGAUGCUAAGAAGCCUGGUAGGAAGCGAAAGGUAAGAGAGCCUUCUCCUGAGGAUGCAAAUCCUGCCAACGAGGAGUUUGUUCCAGACACCAACAUUCUAGAAAGGAUCGACAGUCUACCUAGCAAGAGGCCCGCCAAACGACCAAGACGUAGUAGCCAGAGUCCGGAUGGUCUGUCGCCUACUUACUCAGAAUCAUUCUGA